UGUUAUUAUUCUGUUCAAAACCAUAGUGGUAUACCAUAACUACAAUAUUUGUAAUGUGUUGAAUGUUUCAGCGGAGGUUCUAUUCGUAGCUUCUGACCAGACUGUAGAUGAAGGAGAUCCUGUACCGAUUAAGUUAUUUAGAACUGACACUGCAGGCACGCUGGAUGUAACUAUAACGUACACUGAUGUUACUACCACUAGCGCCGACUACACAGCAGUAACCCAAGUUACCUUUGCCAUUACUGACAAAUUUGUAACGUUUUCUAUUGACAUCAAUAAUGAACAGGUUCCAGAACGUGAUGAAACAUUUAAUGUUAGCAUUGCAUCAUCAAACGCGUACACAGUAGACGGUAACCCAUUGACUGUGACUAUUAGGAGGAAUGAUCAACUGACGUUCAAACUAGAGACUGCUACAGCUGCUGAGGGCACAUCGCCAUUAACUGUCACAAUAUCAACAACAGAACCCGUAUCGCAGUCUUACACGGUGGCUUUCACAAUCGGUAAUGAGGGAGGUACAGCCACAAGUGGCACAGACUAUACGCCGCCUGCUACCCUGAGUGUGACAUUUGAUGCCGGUGACUCGUCGCAAACAUUUGAUAUUGGUAUAACUGACGACAGUGUGUAUGAAGGUCAGGAGAACUUUGUCAUCAGUUUGACUGCUUCUGAGGAUUAUCUAACUGGACCAGACUUUAUCUAUUCGAUAUUUGAUAAUGAUCUGCCUGUAUUUGAAAUGAAGGUCUCAGCAGUGAGUGUUAAUGAAGAUGCUGGCUCCGUCAUCAUAACAGUAAAACGUGACCCUGUUGAUGGCAUAAUGCCUGCUGUCACGGUGUUGGUGCAAACAACAGAUAAAGAAGCAGUAGCGGGUUCUGACUUCGUCGUUGAUGGUACACCGCUUACUGCUGUCUUCGCUCAAGGUGAAACAGAGGCCACAGUCAAUAUCUCAAUUACUGAUGACGAUCGUGAAGAAAUCGCAGAAACUUUUGAUGUUGAAAUAAAAACUGACGCUGCUUACACCAUUGGAUCAACACCAAACACCACUGUCACCAUAAACAGCGAUGACCUUUCAACUGUGUCCAUAAAAAAUGAACCGAAUGCGGUCUUAGAAAGCGACGCAGGUGCACGAUUUGUCUUUCUGAGGGAGCUACCUGCUGGCGGAUCUGACACAGCGUUAGAUUUAACUUUAACUAUUACUGAUGGGACAGCAGUCGCAGGUGAUGACUAUAUGCAAGCUGAUCCUGGUGUAUCAUUUACAUUUCCUAUUCCUUCAGUUGGGGACACUUACAGUCAAAUGGAAUUUGAAAUCCCAAUGAUGUUCGAUGAUCUAUAUGAACCAGAGGAAACGUUUACAGUGGCAGUGCCAAAUCAGCCAACUAAAUACAAAUUAGGAUGGAGUAAUUCCGCAAUUGUAACGAUCACCGAUGAUGAUGAACCGAUGUUUAAGUUCAGUCCUGCUACUCUUACCUUAAACGAAGGGGCCGGCGGAACGGGUUCGAUCGUCAUGGUAAACCAUGCUGACAACUCGCCAGAUUAUACAGUGGAUAUCUUAACAAAAGAUGGAACCGCACUUAGUGCCUCGGAUUACACAUCAAUUACGUCGUCAAUAACCUUCACCUCAGCAAGCGAUACAAUGACGUUUCCCAUUUCUACAGGCGCGGAUCAAGUAUGUAUGAUAUACACUGAUUUCGUACACGCCCGUUGAAGGGAACAUUGUGCAAUUUGUGUGACCAAUUUAGAAAUAUCUGAUUUUUAAAACGUAUCUCACUUUCUUUCACUCUAUAUGAAUAUAGUUUGUAAAAUAACUUGCGAGAUAAAAGUUAUCUAACUGUGUCUGCAUAUCCACCUAUAGCACAAGAUCUAUAUGCUGGUACAUUUCGUGGUUAACAAUAAGGGAAACACGAUACAUUGAUAUUUUUUAAAACACAGUCGGACUAUGCGUGGUUUUAGAUGAUUUAUAACCACGACCAUUUUCAAACCCUGGUUGUUCAUGAUUUCUACCUACGUUAACUUACGGACCAUUAUCCUUAUUUCUAAAAGUAUACAUUGCCAGCAGAUGAUUGAAAGAAAUUAUUUAUCUAUAGUACAUGCUUUCGAAUAGUUCAGUAUUUAUUACAUCUAUUUAAUCACACACCCCCUCCCCCACCCCCAAACCGCCCACUACAAAACAACAAACAAACAAAAAAAAAAAAAAAAAAAAAAAAAAAAAAAGGAGAAAAAAAGGAGAAAAAAAGAGAAGAAAAACGAAGAAGAAAAAAUCAAUAGUCUGUUUGAAUUGAGUAAUCUGGGAACGGCAAGUGCUAAAGUAUUACCGAUGUUUAAAGCUUAUGAAAUGUAUAUGCAUAUAAAAUACCCAUAGCACAAACGGAAGCCGUUUCAAUGUGGGGCGAGACGUAGCCCAGUGGUAAAGCGCACGUUUGAUGCGCGAUCGGUUUGAGAUCGAUUCCCCGUCAGUGGGCCCAUUGGGCUAUUUCUCGCUCCAGCCAGUGCACCACGACUGAUACAUCAAAGGCCGUGGUAUGUGCUAUCCUGUCUAUGGGAUGGUGCAUAUAAAAGAUCCCUUGCUGCUAAUCGACCAUAUGAUUUAAGUGACAGGCGUGAGCAGGUCAUUCACGAAACAAAGGCUAAUGAGGUGGGGUAGAAGGAAGGUUACUAGCCCAGGACGGACUGAUCUUGAACCUCUGUUUGAUGUUGAAUGCUGACAUCCAUGCAUAGUUAGUAGGUGUAUCUACAGGGUGCAUCAGAAGACAACUAUUAUUUCAUUUGUUGCUUAGUAUCCUCAGAUAGGACACCUCAACACAUAUUAAGACAUGACUAUUUAGUGUAUAGCAUAUGAUCAUUCGAUAUUGGGUCUUAAAACUGAAACACAAACCGCUGCCCGAACAUAGGUACCACAUGUGCCUCGUCCAAACAACAUAUCAUUGCACCCGUGGUUGUUUGUGCGAUACUUAUGACUCUUUACAAUUGCAUAUGUAAGUAAUUGCGCCCAUAACAGUUCCCUUAGAGCGACAAAGAAGCUACUUAUUUAAUGUUUAACCACACUCCAGAAUAUUGUACAGUCUGUAAGUAUUAAAGGCAGCACACCAC